AUUACGAGGUAUUCCGAGUAAUAGAUUACUUUUAAAGUUGUUUCUUCUGAAUAAAACGCUGUGAACGCUUCAAACCUCUGAAUAUUCUGCAAAAUUGUGUUUCUUUAGUGUACCGCAGAUAUUUGGUUGAUUUUCAUAGAAAAAAAUUAGGUAAACAAACUCGCGUGGCAUACCCACAAUGCACUACGUCCAAAGAUGGCAGCUCCCAUGAAAGAGUGUCAGGGUUGAUCACGAGUUUUUAUUAUGCUGAAAAACUUGAAGAAAGUAAUACAAAAAAAGGUUUAUGAUAUUUUAUCACACAAGUAUGGGAUUUUUAUGGUUAUCACAGCAGCUGUCAUCCUGAUCGUAGCGGCUUUGCACUUUGGGGAGACAGUUAUCGAGUGGAGCCAUGAGAAAUAUGCUGCUGUGUUCAACUCCUACACCGAUAACAUAGCAGGGAAAUCCUUCCGCACCAGACUGUGCACACCCCUCCCUAUUGAUGUUGUCUACACCUGGGUAAAUGGGACAGACUCGCAACUUCUUGCUGAACUCCGAGGCUUCAAGAUGGGGCUGGAAAAGGAACAUAACAUUUCCAUGUCUGUAGUUACAAAUGAAGAUCAGAAAUGUGUGUUUACAAACUGCCUAGCCACAAACUUGUUGGUUUUGGAUCCCGUCAUUCCACCUGGAACUUUGUUGGAGGAUCUGACCAAACUCAAGUCGGAAUUCUCGCAGGCUACAAAGACCUUCACUGUGAACUCUCCAUCCGAGUCGAACCUCAACUUCACCGUGGUAGAAUUCACUGAGAAAGAACCAGUUGUUACGCUGAUGAACCAGACUUUGUUUAUUGGAAAACAGAACUACACAAUGAAGAGAGGAUACUAUACCAGUGAUUGGACAGUCCAUAACAGUAUCCUUCUCCCGGACACAAUCAUUAUGGCAGGAUUCCCAUCCAAAUACUCAGCUGAUGAACUGAAAGAAAAGCUCCCCGAGACAGCCAGACAGGGCAUAGACAAGAUCACCUUUGAUAAGGAGUCAGGUCUUGCUGUGUUACAUGUACCAGACAAAAAGUCCUUUGACUUAUUAGUCACAGCAACGAAUAUUUCUAUUGAUGGUAAACAACCCACUCUGAAUGCGGCUAAUCUAGUGUGGGACUUGAGAGAUUUUAGUCGAGAUGAGGAUAUCUCGAGCAGUAGAUUUGAGGACAACGACGAGCUGAGAUACUCGCUGAGAUCAGUGGAGAAGUAUGCACCAUGGGUGAGACACGUCUUCAUUGUGACCAAUGGCCAGAUUCCUCACUGGCUGGAUCUAGAAAACCCCAGGGUUACCAUAGUAACACAUGAGGAUAUAUUUCCAAACAAGAGUCACCUUCCAACCUUCAGUUCUCCAGCUAUAGAGGCCAAUAUUCACAGAAUCCCCGGACUGUCCAAGAAGUUCAUUUACAUGAAUGAUGAUGUUAUGUUUGGUAAGGAGGUGUGGCCGGAGGAUUUCUACACUCAGGCCACCGGUCAGCGAGUGUACCUUACUUGGCCAGUUCCCAACUGUAGGGAGGGCUGCCCAUCAACCUGGAUCAAAGACGGAUAUUGUGACAAGGCCUGCAACAACUCCGAGUGUGAAUUUGAUGGUGGAGACUGUUCAGGUGAAAAUGUUAAUCAGUUGGGGGGAGGAGCCCAAUGGCCAGGAUAUGGUUACAAUGCAGAGAAUGAAAACAAGUAUUGUAACAAGGGCUGUGCUACGUCCUGGUUGGCAGACAGAUAUUGUGACACAUCUUGUAAUGUACAUAAUUGUGGUUUCGAUGUUGGAGACUGUGGAGUGAAAAAUUAUAAAGACCUGUACCAGAUCACAAUACUCAGAAACAUGACAAAGUAUUCGGUACCACCCGGGGAGACAAUAGCCUUUUUAAACCUGACUGAUCUGGUUGGAUCGAAUGGUUCGAUACUGGCUGCUGGUCACAACAAGUCCAAUGUUGUACGGUCAGCAUCAGUGGCCAAUAAGUUCAAGGUCAUCACUAUUCUUCUGUACAGUGACCACAAUAAAACAGCUGUCCAUUUCAACCUGAAGGCUCACACGGGGAACGAAAGCAUCACGUUUGAUUUUAAUUUCACGCUGACAACAGACACGAAACAGAGGAAGUCGGCAGAGAUUUUACAGAAAGUCAACAACAACACCAAACACAACUUGACAACAACAGAGAAACCUUAUCUUUAUGAUGUGCCAAAACAGAAAAGAGGUCCUAAAAUGCCAGUAAAGGUGCUGAAAUCUCCCAUGAUGCCUCAGUCCGUGAAUCUCAGUGCUGAACCGUUGCCUGAAGAACUGCAAGAGGAACUGAAUUCCAUCAACCAACAACUUAACCAUGGGGAAAUAACUGAGAAAGGAUUUCAACUCAAGAUGGGCUUGCUGUGGGAGAAAUACCAGCAAUAUUUACAGGAGUCCAAGCCUACAGGCUACCAGAGGCGGAGUCUGCUGUCCAUUAUUAGAAUGAGACAUCAGCCAGUCAGAGAAGAGGACAAACUGAGACUGACAGACAAGGAACUUACUGAUGUCAUCAGGACAGGAAGUGAACCAGAGAGUAAUCUCCCUUGGGAAAAACUUGGUGUGUUCAGGAAUGUGAUUGAGAUGAAAGAGAAACGUCAGGCUAUGGAGGAAUACACAGUGCCAGAGUUCCGAGGACGUCGACUGCUGGACACAUUUGGGGAUUCCCUCCGACAUGUGAACCGUCUGUUUAAUAAAGCCUUCGGGUACACAGCUCGGAAAGUUCCGGGUCACAUGCCUCACAUGGUGGACAGAGAUGUCAUGGACGAACUUCAUGAAAGGUUCCCAGCAGAAUUUGAGGUGACCUCCUCCAACAAAAUCCGCAGCAGAAAUGACAUGCAGUUUGCUUUUUCUUAUUUCUACUAUCUGAUGGGUGUCACCAGAAACCAAACAAUGGAGGAGAUAUUUGUUCAGUUAGACACGGAUAAUUCUGGGAUCCUGUCUGACAGGGAGAUUAGAACGCUGGUGGCCAGAAUGCAUGAACUGCCUCUAGAUCUGCAGAUGUUGACGAAUGUGGAGGAGGUGUUUAUUAACUGUACGCAGUCCCCCAACAUCAGUGCAGACACGCCCACAACCACGCCCACAACCACACCCAAAGUCAUUCUCACAGGAAAGGAGGAGGAGUAUUACGAUAAAAGAAUGCCCCAGGUCACAAGGUCACUGUUUACCCAGUGUCCAGGGGUCAAGGACAUUAUAGAGAAGUACUUCCCACCCAUCAACAAAUACAAGUAUAUCACAGAUGAAGAUAGUGAAAUAGCGUUCAAAAUGAUCAAAACGAACAGCUCCACUGUGGUGGGACAACUGGAUGAUAUACGCAAAAAUCCCAAAAAGUUUGUUUGCUUGAAUGACAACAUUGAUCACGACAGCGAAGAUGCCAAAACAGUGAAGGCAAUACUUCAUGAUUUUUAUGAGGCUGUGUUUCCACUUCGAUCUCAGUUUGAGCUUUCACGCGAGUAUCGGAACCGUUUUGUCCACGUGGAAGAGCUACGACAGUGGAAGGUGUACAGAGAUUGGAUGAAGACACUCACUCAUCUUUCUAUCAUAUUCCUCAUUAUUUUUAUGAUCUCUUCAUAUUUCGGAGAUGAAAUUGAAUCCUGCUACAGGAAAUACUGCCGACGGAGAGACCGCACAUCCUCCGACCAUUCGUCCUCAAGCUUUCAGACGACUCUGGUGACCGUUUGACGGUGGCUGCUCUGGCUGAUCCUACCAGACGUUUUAGUGGUGCUCUUCUCCGGAAUUAUGUGUGCUCUGUUCUGUCUGUUUGUGGCAGAGAGUUUCAUGUUUGACUGAGCAGACGGAGGUCUUCUGUCUUACUGCCGACUGAUCUCGCACAAAUACAUGUACAUAUCACUGCACAGGUACACAGGUAAAAUCCAGACAAAUCUCAGAUUUCAAUCUUAGCCGUUCAAACAACAUAGAGGUUAAUCUCAGGUCAGGUGUUUGUGGAAGACUGGUUUUCAGCAAUAUUGUUUACAUCUAAUUCUUUGAUGUAGAUUUAUUUUUAUUUAUGUUGUGGGCAUGCACACACAAAUUAAAAAAGUGUAUCUAAGAUUCACAGAUUUUAAGUAUAGGAUUAAAAAAUAUCAAGGGAAAUUUAAUGUACCAGUCCAAUACUUUAAAGGAAAUUUUUUUUUUGAAAUUACUUGCAACAGCAAAAUGGAUUUUAACACUCCCCCCUUCCACACCACCAUCUAUAGGCAUCAAAACCUGCCUGUAUAACACUUAUUGAGUGAGUAGUGAAGUUUAUCAGCAGUAAUGGAGGACUAGUGAGCACCAUUAAAUCAGACUCUAAAUGAUCAACCAGAGCGAGAAAUCGCCCGCUUUGUUUUAUACAUGUAUGUAGUGCAUUAUUUUGUUACUUUUUACAACCAGAUUUUAUUUGUAGAUAUUUAUUUUUUAUGUGCCUGUCUUUUGACGGGACAUAUUAUGGUACAGCGAUGUUUGUACGUCCGUUUGUUCGUGGUUUUCUGUUUCUAUUUUCAUUUCUCUGUCACAUGUCAAGCUGAGGCUUGUUGUGGUGCUUCUUUGGGGGUCAUUCUAGUCUAGGUCAUGUUGCAGUUUGAUCUAUUUUGACCUCUCUUGCAGGAGUCUUUCCACUUGAUUUGAAUGUUAUAUUGAGGGUACAUGAUUUGUCUUCCUAACUCCUCCCACAGUUUUCAAGUGAAGAACUCAUAGACAUGAUUUGAGCUGAAAGUUUUCAAAUUUUAUUUUUCCAUUUUUAGCUCACCUGAGCUGAAAGCUGAUCACCCGUAUUCUUGUAUAUUUAGCCUAUGUGUAAACAAAAACAUGGCACAGCCGUGUUUACAUAACAAAGAAUUGUGAGUGCUUUAUCUCACUUGAAACUCAAAAACUGAUUUUCAAAUUUUGGUUGAAAUAUAUUAGUUAAACAUUGAAAACAUUAAAAAUUGAAAAAUAAAAAUUUCAGCUCAAUCAUUUCCAUUCCCCUUUAAAAGGUGUUUGUAUGGGUAUUGAAGACAUAAUCGUCGCUAGCCAGGGUUACUGAGUCCGGUAGUGUAAAGGGAGACAAUAGGCGUGGCUUGCGACGAUGAUUAUAUACCGUCUACAUAAGUUUGUGACGGGCGUAUGUUGUACCGUUUCCGUUUGUGGUGUCCGGACAGGGCCAUUUGCAAAAGCGUGAUAGCGCGUUAGUCACAACACGCCGUCACGCCAAUAAGUAACUCGCCUUCGCGCCGACAAGCAACGCGCUGUCACGCUAACACAACUUUACACAACUCUCCUUCGCGCCGACAAGCAACGCGCCGUCACGCAACACAACUUUACACAACUCGCGCUUGUCUGCGCGGAGACGAGUCGUGUUAGCGUGACUGCGAGUUGCUUGUCGGCGCAAAGGCGAGUUGUGUAAAGUUGUGUUAGCGUGAAGGCGCGUUGCUUGUCGGCGCGAAAGCGCGUUGCUUGUUGGCGUGACCGCGAAGGUGUGUUGCUUGUCGGCGCGAAGCUUGUUGGCGUGACGGUGUGAAGGUGCGUUGCUUGUCGGCGCGUUGCUUGUUGGCGUGAGAGCGCGAAGGCGCGUUGCUUAUUGGCCUGACGGCGUAUUGUGACUAACGCGCAGUCACGCUUAUACAAAUGGCCCUAUCUGGACACCAUGUCUGUUACACUUGUUGGAAUACGCCUGAUGUUCUUGUGCAUUUUCAGCUAUUGAGCUGCUCAGGAACUUAAAGAUUUGUUUUGCUUAUGACACAACCGUAAUGUGGUACUCAUGUUUUCUAAGAAUUAAAUAUGUUUUGUAAUAAAAGAACAAGGAAUGAAAGCCCAGUUAUAAACUGCAUAAUAAAAUUUCUAAUAUUUUGAUAGAAAUAGAAACUGCAUAGGAUUUGCUAAUUAGUUAAUUGAUACAAGUAACAUAGAACUUGAAAGGGCAGGUGCUGCUUGAGAUGUUAUUUUUAUGCUAAUGAAUUCUUUGAACGUUUGUGUACACCUAAUGUUGAUUGAUUGUAUGGGAUUUUACAUCUCUGUUUAGAUUAUUGCGCUCGCAUUGACUGGCCUAAUUUAGUAAUGGUAUCGGAAAUUCAUAUUCCAUAUAAUCAUAUAAACUACAUUUUACAAUUUGAUUUCAUUUGAUGCACUUUUUUCCCAAUGAAUAGUUGAUGCAGUCUUUUUACAGAAUGCAGUGCAUUAUGAUUUAUAAUUGAUUGGAGAGAAUGUAUUGAAUGCAAAAAAUUUCAAUAACUCAGGAAGUGUGUGGGUGAUUGUGAUGUCAUAACAGGGGUGUUUGUAAUCAUGAACAUAUGAAUUUAUAAGUAUUUACAUUUCAUUUAGCGUAAUUUUAUAGCUUCAUUAAUGUUACUCCUUCACAUAUUUACACAUGCAUGAAUGAGAUUUUUUUUUACAACAGAAAGGAAGUUGUUAAGUAAGUAAUAUAAGCACGGGAGCGACAGCUUGGUAACUGUGCACCGGGGGAGGGAUGCUGUUGAUAUAAACUAGAAUUGUCAAAUAUUGGAGACGAGGAUCACAGAAUGUAUUUAGGUGGUCUGCUGUAAACAUUUAUCUUACAUUUAUACCUCUGUUCUACCCGCAGUAGUACAGAGCUACCCAAUGCUCAUCCGCUCCAAAAUAUGGUUAGCAGACUAAUUAGCCAUGCUUUAUUUGCAAGUUCCCAUCAUUUCAUUGUAAUAUUUAUAUCUAACAAUUUUGAGAUAAAAACACCUUGGUGAGAAAAAAAAAACACCCCGGCAUUCCGCAGCUCAGUCUUUACUACUGAAUAUUGAUUGAAUUAUGUAAUGAAAUACGUGAACAUGCCUUUAUUAUUAUAAUCAAACCAAUGACACAGUAACCGCUACGUACAAAAUUAAUACAAACAAAUUGUCACUAAUGACUAGAUUUGUAAAGGGGAUCGUAAACUUGUAAUUUACACUAAUUGAUCCCAGCCAAUAUAUUUCUAAAAAAAACCCCAAAACCCCACAUUACUGUCAUCAUUCCAUAGUACUAUUUCUUUAGUUAUUUAAUAUAACGCAUAUGACUACAAUGGACGAAUUUUUUUUAGCUGAUCUCUCGCUAUGUUUGUAACAAGUGAUACACAAGCAAUUCACAACUGAUAAAUGAAGAUAACGGGCACCUGUUUUAGGUUCUGAUCGUGAUGUGUUGUUUCAAAUCAAAUCCCAUAGCAAAAAUGUUUAACAAACAUGAAUAUAGAUAUGAAGCAUAAAACAUGAAUACUUGAAUUUCAAAUAAAUAAUGAUCAAAUACCAUUGUAAUCGUAUGUUGGGAUAAUUUUUAUAAAGGGAGAUAACUCUAUAUACACGUACACAACACAUAAUAAUAAAUCUUAUAUGUUUCUAGGGAUUUUGAACAAUAAAAUGAUCAACAUUUACUAAAUGUUUGUGCCAUUUUCAUCUGAUUCCAGGUCUAUUUUCUUUGCUUUAUUUUGACAUUCCAAAAUGUAUCAGCAUUAUAGCCCAAGGAAACGUAGAAUUUGUCAGAGAGAGAUGUUGUUUUCAUUGUGAUUAUUUAACCGGGAACAAGAACUAUACAUAAUUGUCCAUGUGUCUAACAAGAUAUAUACAUAAUUGUCCAUGUGUCUAACAAUAUAUAUACAUAAUUGUCCAUGUGUCUGUUUAAUAUGUUAUGUUACAAUAUAAUUUAAUUAUGGGCAAUGCAAUGGAACAUAUACUUUGUUUAUAAGUGCACGAGCUAUGUAAUUAUGUUAAGUGCUGUUUUGUACAAUGAAUUUGUUUCAGUCUUUAUAGAGGAUAGUUUAGUAAUAUAUGUUAAAAUGGUGUUUCCAUGUGAAAACAAAAGUGCAUUGAAAAAUACUCAUGUGAACAAGUUUGUAUACAAGUCUACAUUAGUAUUUUUUUUUUUUACCAUACGAGAGUCUGUUUUGUAGGGAGAAGGAAUCAUUAAAGAAAAUCUCCACUUUUAUAGCAAAUUUCAUGUAGAACUUUGAAUAUUGAUAAUAGUAUAUGGAAGUAGAAGCGCAAUGUACAGUUUGAAUUGAAAUCCAUCACGAUGUUUUUGUUAUUUAUCAGACUUAUAGCCACAGUAAUGAAGUGCUGUGGUCACCUUUUAAAAUAAAAUCUGUUCAGUA